CAGGUGAACAGACUCAGGUGUUGCUGCAGAUUGAAACAUCUCCUCGGUAGGAAGCUGCUGGUUCUCCGCCUCUCUGGCUGAGGGACACCAGAAUGGCUCCUCUGUCCAUCCAGGCUGGAGUGAAUUACGCUAAAACGCUGCUGCCGGAGACUCUGAAGAGGUCUGUGUCCACGGUGCACACCACCAUCUCUCGCCACAUCCUGCCGUCCUCUCAGCCUCGCUGCUAUAAAGUCUGCACCCACAGCCGGCGGCGGCGCAGGAGUCUGGUGGCGUCUACGCUGCUUGAGCUGCUGGAGCAGGCAGCUAGGGUCUUCAUGCUGUCCUGCUGUAACCUCCUGACUCUGGUCCUGGAGGAGGAUGGGACUGUGGUGGACUCAGAGGACUUCUUCCAGUCGCUGCCCAGUAGCACUCAGCUGAUGGUGCUGGAUAAAGGGGAGAUGUGGAGCCAAAGCAAGAUCCUCCCGAGCUUCCGAGAGCCGAAGAAGAAAGGGAUCGCCAAGCUGACCUUUGACCUUUAUAAAGUGCACCCUAAAGACUUCCUGUGCUGCCUGGCCAUCAGAGCCACGCUGUAUGAGAUGUACACGCUGUCCUACGACUUCAGGUGCACCAGAGUCAAACACGUCCUCAGGUCCGUUCUGCGCUGUGUCACCUGUCUGACCAGAAUCACCGGGCAGCUGCUGCUCUGCAUGUCCUCCUCGCUGCUGCAGUUCACUGCAGACGAUGACUGCUGCUAGAACCCACCUUAAUAAACGCAGCUUCACGCUGAGGCUGGACCGACUCUUCAGGUUGGGUUGGAGGCUCAGUGGGUCUCAGUCGGACCGUUUUAAUGCUUUCUGCACCGUGAGCCUGUUUAAGUGCCUCCAGAGUGUUCUGAUGAGGAGUGAUGGUUGUUGUUUGAGGGUUUUAGAUUAGUUUAUAUUAAAUGAACUAAAGAAAUCAGCUGAAUGUUAUUUAAUGUUUGUCAUUGUGAAUAAAACGGAUGAAUAAAGAUUCAAUUUUUUAAAA